ACUGGUCUGAUGAGCAUCAAUGAGAAGGAAACCAUGCAACAUCUGAACCAGAGACUAUCAUCUUAUCUUGAAAAAGUUCAUUCUCUGGAGCAGGAAAAUUCCCAGUUGGAGAAGAAGAUCUGUGAGUGGUAUGUCAACAAUGCACCCACUAGUUUGCCUGAUUCCAGCCAGUACUUUAGGGUUAUCCAAGAUCUACAAAACGAGAUUUUUGCUUCCAAUGUGGAUAAUGCUCGUAUCGUCCUGCAAAUUGACAAUGCACAGCUGGCUGCCGAUGACCUGAGAAACAAAUAUGAAAUGGAGCUUAACUCCAAACGUAAUGUGGAAGCAGAUGUUUGUAGCCUUCGAAGAGCCCUGGAAGAGCUUAACAUGCAAAGGCAAGACUUGGAAACACAAGUUCGAUGCCUUCAAGAAGAGCUCCUGCAAUUAAAGAGCAACCAUGAAGAGGAGGUGAACUCUCUGAGGACUCAACUGGGUGCCAGAGUCGAUGUGGAAGUAGAUGCUGCUCCUUCUAUAGAUCUAAACAACGUCCUGUCUGAGGUUAGAGAGCAAUAUGAGGGCCUGAUGGAGAGAAACCUAAGAGAGGUGGAGAGCAUAUUCCUUGCAAGGACAGCAGAACUGAACAAUGAAGUGUCCUCCGGUGCUGAACAACUGCAGUCAGUUAGCAAUGAGCUCAUUGACCUAAAACGCUCUGCACAGACCCUGGAAAUCGAGCUGCAGAGUCAACUUAGUAUGAAAUCAGCACUGGAGAACACUUUGGCAGAAACAGAAGCCACAUUUGGUUCCCAGCUUGCCCAGUUACAAGCAAUGAUUAAUAACAUAGAGUCACAGCUUGGCCAGACACGUUCUGACCUGGAACGUCAGAACUAUGAGUACAAAGUACUUAUGGACCAAAAGACCCACUUGGAGAUGGAGAUCGCUACCUACAAACAACUUCUCGAUGGACAAGACAUGCACGUUCCAAGUCAUCACGGCAUAGAACAUCAAGACAAUCUUCUUCACGGCAAAUGCUAAUGGUUUUUAGAUAACAACUGAGACAUGUCAACCGGCAAAUCUCCACCAACACAAUAGACAUGAACUCAGCUAACAAUUAUGUAUUUAUCCGGCGCAUUUUUCUGUCCUUAGAUACUUUUUUUUCUUUUUGUUGAAUGGUACAAAGCAAGUUAUUUAUCCUGUGGCCUCAUCUCACUGAGAAUAGAUCACAAACAGCAGAGCCUUAGCUAGGCUUACCUUUAACCGGGACAAAGAUACAGUUCUGUGCCCUAGCCCCCCUACCUCCUAUAUUCUUGGAGGUCUUCUUGAUUAUAUUUUCCCACGUACUACCACUUCUUCAAGAUGUAGCCAUACUAAAUUUGUCAGGUUUAUGGCUUGUGGACCAUAAAAUCUUCCCAUAC